AUGGAUUCCCUGACAAAGGCGUUCCAGAAAGGACUGGCCAAGGCCGUCGCCGCUGGGCAGCAGCAGCUACACCAGCGACUGUCCAAAUACGACGAGCAAAAUGCGAGUGCGAAUGCGGCGGCGGCGGACGCGUAUGGCACUGACACUGGCGCCAGCUCGCAUUAUGCGCAUGGCAACCAGGGCCCCCAUCAGACGCCGACUGCUGCGGGCCAACAACAGGUCUACCACUCGACGUACUUGACGCCGGCGCCGGGAACGUAUCGUGGUUCUCAUCAUCACGCUCAGCCAAGCAGACCCUCGGUUGGACAGGGACUGUACACGUCAGCGGCAUCGGAUCCGGCCCCGGGGACGCCUGCCUCUCCCGCCGGAUAUCAUGGGCGCAGUCAACACCACCACCCUCCGCCGUUGCCGCCCCGGACACGCCAGCAGCCGCCGACGCAUGAUUCCCGUUUGCCGAAUCAUAACCAGAAUACAUGGUAUGGGGCCCAAAGCCCCGAUCGCGAGGCGCCUUCUUCGGCGGCGACUUCUACGCAGCCGGCACACGGCACACUGCAUCAGCAGACCGCUCAUAUCAACCCUGCGCCUCCAGUCUCUUCGCCGACGACUUAUCCUCCUGGGCCUCCGCCUCGGGCGAAUCCGCAGCAGCAGGGAAAUAAUCAUUGCCCACAAGCAGACUAUAGCCUGGCUACGUCUCGUGAAACUGCAGAGCAUCCUGAGCAGUACCGACCCGUGGCAGAGACAACAGCGAGCCACACAGCCGUCCAGACGAGUCAAAACCCACAUGCCGAAGCUUUGCAAAACCCGCACCCGUAUAAUGCACCAACAACCACCACCAUCACCCAGCACUCCUCCCCGGAAAGCAGAGAGGCUUCUCCCAUGGCACCCGCGCGGUCUCACCAGCCUGUGGUCGCGCAACAGUCAGCCCCCCCAGCCAGCAACACGAGCCACAAUGGGUACACUGGCGAUCAUGCUCAAGCCCGUCACGCUGUCGUGCCUGAACAUCACCAGCCUCCUCAAAAUCAUGCGGAAUCCAUGGCUCAGCAGAUGAACAAUCUCAGUAUGAGCAACCGCCCGGCCGGCUCGGCAGACAAUAAUACCCUCGGUUGGUCCGUCCAAACCCCCAGGCACGUACAUCCCCCAAUCGUGGCUAGCGGCACACCAAGAGACACAGUUCAGCACUGCCCGGAAGACCGCGUCGUCGAGUACUCCCUCUACUGGUACCAGCUCCCCGAGAAUCCGAAUUUUCUCAUCUGCACCAAAUGUCACGAGGAUCACAUACAAGGCACGUCACUAGCGGGACAGUUCAAGCGAAUACUCGCAGAGGAAGCAUCUUCUUCGAGCUGUCGGUUCUGGUAUCCGCGCGUCAGGGAUAUUCUGUGGAAACAAGCCCUCGCGCAGAACAGUCUAGAUGGCCUGCGCACCUACGCGACUCGUCGUCUCGCGAUUCCCAACUGCAACGGUAAAGAAGCGACGGUGGGAAAAGACGGCGUCAGGUACUACGGAAUGCGGAACAAUGAUAUCAAAGGGUUCAUCACUUGUGAAGCUUGCUACGAAGACAAAAUCAUUGGCACUGCGUUCGAGUCCGCUUUCACGCCCUGCAGUGGCCAAGGCGCCGAGGACAAAUGGUUUUGCGACACACAUUGGCCGUAUCUGAAUCGAGCGCUUGCAACUUUCGCCGGGAUGAACGACUGGUCCGGAUUCGUAGAGCGGGCCGCUUAUCGGCUACAGCUCCCAGCUUGCGAGGGCGACUCAAAACCCGCCAGCGAAGGACCGUGGUACCUCUUCCGCCGGAAGUUGGACAACUUUUACGUGUGCGCGACGUGCUACAUGGACAAGCUGGAGUUGACGGCUUUUGAGGGCGAGUUCGAAGCCGUCAAUCAGAAUGUUGGGUUUGACGCGUGGAUGGAGAUGCUGGGCCAGCGCUGGACAUGCGGAUUGGCGAAGUCCUCUCUGCCGGUCCUCGUUGCUCUCGAGACAGCCAUCAACGACAAGGACUUUGACGGGUUCUGGAAAUCAGCGCAGGCCAUUAGCAAACUCGUGCCGUGCACGGGCAAAGGCAUCAUACGCGGCAACUGGUGGACGUUAAUAGGGGGCUGUCGAGAUUUCGACAUUUGCGAGGCGUGCUACGUCGGCGUCUUUACGACCAAGGGGCUCGACAAGUUCCUUGAGCCUGCGGCGGAUCGGGACCCUGAAACAACCGUCGUGUGCAACUUUUGCCCUGCAAGCCCGCGGUUCAAGCAGUUCGCCCAGAAGUACCUCGAGGCCCUGGACCGCGGCGUAUUCAGCUACUACGCCGAUUGCGUGCGCAAGUUUGCCUCGGUGCCACCGUGCCCGGGUAUCCAUCAUAGCGAAAAGGCCAAGUGGUGGGGGUAUCCAGAGGCGCUCUUCUGCGAGGAUUGCUACGUCGGCUUCGUCGCCGACACGAGGCUGGCUCCGCACAUUCCCAUCAAGGGAGAGGUUGAUCAACGCGCGCAAAUCUGCCAGGUCUGGUCGCCGCGCAUGCGAGGCAUGUGGAUGGAGGCAUGUGCGGCUGGGGAGCCCGGCUCCAGCGCGUCCAACGAGCAGGUUGAAAGGUUCAGGGCGUUUGGUGACAAGAGGUUGCAGGUGUACUUGCAGACGGUGCCGAGGAUCAAGUUUAUCCAACAGAUGAGGGAGAUGAGGAUGAUGAACGCCAUGCACCAGGGCCAGCUGAGUCUCAUGUACUCGGGCAUGAACAGCAUGGCGGUGUUGUCGGGCACGGCGGACGGGAACUUGCAUGGGAAUAGCUCCCUGGGGUGGUACGAGACGGAGCAUGGGGCCACGGGCGCGCAAAUGUUUAAUGACAUGCAGUCUGGGUUUGCGAGUGCGAACAGGACGGAUGAUUGGAUGGAGAUCAUGAGGCUGCAGGCCCUGUGGUCCGAGGUGGAAUGA